AUCAAAAGUCGUAUUUACAUUUUACGUUCUUAAAUUAAUCAACAAAUUAAAUAUUUAUUUUAUAAGAUAGUGUCUUGCAAAGCAAAACUUUCUAAAUAUAUAUGAUUGCUUAUAAUGGAGAAUAUCGGUGCAAAUAUAGAAUUAGAAUGGGUAGAGCACACCAAUAGUGUAUGGGCCCAAAAAAAUUGUGAUGGCAUUGCAAAUAGAGAUAUUUUACAGUCAAUGUAUGGUAUUUUAUUGCAGAAUAAGGAAAUUCGUAUAAUACCCACUACUUUAGCCUCAUAUAACGAUGUGCAACACUUGCCAAGUUUCCAAUAUGAUCCUAUAUCGCAUACAGAACUUAAUGAAUAUAUAAGGAAUCUUUUAACUUCUCAGUUAGAAUUAGCCAGAGAAGUGUGUUCAUCCACAACAUUUUCUGUUGUUUUAAAACAAAGAUUAAUAGUACUUAACAGAAUUUACCAUGCUUUGUCAAUGAAAUAUCAUGACAAAGAAACAAAUAGUACUCAAAAUUUAGAUCAAUGUUCGGGAGCAAAUAUUUUAUCAUUAUCUCCUCGAGAAGUUGUGUCUGGGUCACAUGCCCUUUUAGAAAUUGGUGUGAAAACUGGACUCAGUCUACUGUUUUCACUUUUGCAACAAAAUUGGCAAGUAAGUACUAUGUUGAGUAUUCCAAGUCUUUGUAAUUCUGUACUGGAAAGUACUGUUGAUUUAAUACAAAAACUGCCACCUUUGAGUCUCUCAAAUGAUUCCCAGUUGACAAAUUUAGGCUGCAAUAGCCUCGAUCAAGUUUGUGGUUUCUUAAAAAAUGCUAUUCUAAAUGAAACUGCGGCUGAUAAUCAAGGAAAAAUACUUGCCGCCGAAAUUCUUUUGGAAAUAGCCUUACAAAGAGGUUCCUUGCAUUAUUUGUUAGAAUGGAUUGAAACUGCUCUGGAAGCCUCAUGUAAAGGACCAAACCUCUCAAGUAAGCAGUUUAAAAGAGCCAUUAUACAAAUAGGGGCUAAGAAUAAUUUGGGAUUAGAGUUAUUGAAAAAUGAGGAUGACGAAAUUAGCACAUACCAGGCCGGUUAUUAUUUGAUAGAAGUUCUUGUGUCUAUGGCUCUCGAUUGUAUUGGUACGUGUUCAGCAGCAGGUUCUUUAAGCUGUGAGUCUGACCUAGCACCAUUCGAAAAAAGUGAUGUUUAUGUUUGGGGGAGUAAUUCUUCUCAUCAACUUGCCGAAGGCAAUCAGGAAAAGAUAUUGUUACCAAUAAAAUCCAAUAUUUUUAAUCAAGUGCAGCAGGUUGAAGCUGGUCACUAUUGUACAUUUGCCAUACAUUGGGAUGGUCAUGUCAGUGCUUGCGGGAAGGGGAGUUAUGGUCGAUUAGGUUUAGGCGAAUCGUCUAAUCAGAGCCUGCCUAAACCUAUUCUUCUAGAUAGUAUAGUCAAAAAGCUUUCCAGUUCAAAAGGAAGCGAUGGCCAUACAUUAGCUCUCACUGAAGAUGGAAUGGUUUAUAGUUGGGGAGACGGAGAUUAUGGUAAACUGGGUCAUGGAAAUUGUGCGACGCACAAACAACCGGAAAGGAUUACUGGACCUUUCCUGGGGAAAAAUAUUAAAUACAUUAAUGCAGGAUACAGACACAGUGCAGCAAUUACCGAGGACGGGUUAUUGUACACCUGGGGCGAAGGUGAUCACGGUCGUCUGGGUCAUGGAGACACCAACGAACGUCAUAUUCCCACCCAAGUAGCAGACCUAACCGAUGUAGGAUCGGUAGCUUGUGGUAGUUCACACACUUUAGUCGUUUCGAGGGAUGGAAAAACGGUUUGGUCUUUCGGAUCAGGGGAAAAUGGUAAACUAGGCCAUGGAGAAAUCGCUAAAGUUUAUAGACCAAAAGUGAUCGAGGCCUUACAGGGACUCGUUAUCCAAAAAGUUUGUGCUGGCACUUCGUUUUCCAUGGCUUUAACUACAAUGGGACAUGUUUAUACUUGGGGGAGUGGGCCAAUUCUUGGUACCGGCUCGGCGGAUGCUAUAUGGCUCCAACCGUUACUUUUAGAUGAUCUCACGCCCUAUAGGAUAGUCGAUAUAUCUGCAGGUGACACCCAUUGCCUUGCUUUGACCGAUGAAAACGUCGUGUUUGCUUGGGGUACAAAUAGUAUGGGGCAGUGUGGCCAAGGUCAUACCUCGAGCCCAAUAAUGCGCCCUUUAAAAGUUAUCGGAUUAGACGGGAUUCCUAUUAGGCAAAUUAGUGCGGGAACCUCCCAUUCCUUAGCAUGGACGUCAAAACCCAAGGAAAAUCAGUACAUCACAAAACACAGACCUUUCUGCCUGGAUUUACAUGAUAAAACUUUUGAAUUACUGAAAAUAUUUCUAGAAAAGUACACCACUUCGUUCACAUAUAAUUCUCCACCUUUACCAUUUGCAUCACCCGAUGAACAUAAGAGAUUCGUUCUGUGUUGUUUGAAGCUGCUUUAUAUUCAUUUAAAUAUUUGUAUCAGCGGCAACUUGGACACCAAAGUGUUGAAACAACAUUCUAAAGAACUACGGAUUCUUCUUUUUCGUCUUAUCGAUAAAGAUGCACCGUUAGAAGUCCACAAUUCGGUACGAGAAGUCCUUAACACGGGAGCAGCUCUGCUGUUGCCGCCGCUUGUGGAACGGGUGGAAUUUUUACAUUUAUACCUGUCGAACGGCAAAAACUUGUCGGUGGGCCAACAGAUGCUGUUAGGCAUUAUUUUACAUAGUUUGGAAGAACCGGUACUUACAGCCGCUCUCUUAGGAUACAGCAGCAGUCCUGAGAAGCUAAAACUGCAAGAGAUACAACUUACUAGUACUCUGAUGAAGACUCUAUUGCAGUCUUUUUGUAAAAACACGGAAGAAACCCUGAGUACUAUUUGGAACCACGUGUCUGCCAAUACAAAAUGCAAAUGGCAAAACCAAGAGAAUUUAAAGACAUACAAUCUUCAGAGUUUGCUGUCGUCCCUACAGAAUCACAUGCUGGCAUAUUAUACGAUAUCGUCUGAUAACGUAUAUAGUUUCAGCGCCAAAGAUCUUCUUGGAACUCACUUUUCGUCCAUUGUCAAUUUUGCGACUAAAAUUUUGAAUAAGGCCGCCAAUAUCCUUCUUGUGUACCCUACGUCUUUAGAACUGCUUUAUAACGUUUUGCUGGAUUCGGCCGCUGGGGCCAUGCUUUUCAAAAUGUUGAACUCAUUGUUCCUAAUGCCUAUGGGUUAUGUAAAAACUUUAUAUCCUUUAAUUUUGGAGCUGAUGGAGCCUUUGAAUAAGUUUAAUCAACUGUUGCCUGCCGAAUUACUCUCGGAUGAUGAAAAAGCAUCGAGGUCCGAAACACCAACACUAGAUCAGUUAACGGAACGGUCAUGGAUGUGGAUAGUCGAUAUGCAGAAAACUUGUUCUUUGCUCAUGGGUUACUGCCUGGGAGGCAUGUUAACGGGAAACGCUCCUUCGCAAGAAGAAAUUCUGUGCCGUCACUGGCUGUCCAACGAAAUUCUUUCGUACGGUAUAGAAAACGAAGAAGUUGAACUGAAGGCCGUGCUAGAUGUGCCCUUUUUAGCGUCUUCGAACAUAUUCGACUCGGUAUACGUGACUUUAGAUAAACUGCCUGAAGAAGAACAGAAUAUUGUUAAACUCCUCUUCUCUAUUCCAUAUAAGCAGUCUGACGAGGCGUGCUCUUCGUCGGAAGACAGUUUCAAUUGUAACAACAAAUUUUUCGAGAAACUAAUGGAGAACAUCGAAACUGACACUUGGGAGUUUGACGAGGACGAGAAAAAAAUGUUGGAAAUGGUAAUGAAAUGUUUCUUGAUGAUGGUAUUGAAACAGACAGGUCUGCUUCAGAAAACUCCCGCACAUCCGGCCGUCAAAGAAGUGUUUAAGUACGUUUUGAAUUUGAGACAUAGACUGCUGAACUUAAAAUACCUCUCGAAGUACCAACAAAGCGAUAUUAUCGUGGAAAAUGAGAAGGACUUUGAUUCUGUUAAACCGGAGGAUAAAUCGGAAAAUGUUGCAAAUGGUGAAGAAUUCAAUUUUGGAGACAUGUGUCGGGAUAUAAUUCAGAGGUGCCUGUUUCUUAUUAUAUUCGUGAAAGGUGUAGAUGUAGACGUAUCGGCUCUAUGUAACAGUCCUGAUGACGAAGUUUGCUUGGAAAAAGCUUACGUAGACUUUUAUAAAAACAGCCAAAGCGUAGUUUUAUACAGAGAUCUCAAAUAUAUAUGCUGCUCUUAUCUGAACUUCGUCAUAAAUGAACCGGCCGAAAAGAUGCAGUCGAUCACGAACAGGUCUACCAUGGACGGUUGGAGCACUGAUCUGAAAAUAAUAUACAAGGCCCUUUUGUCGCAAAAGGCUCGCGCCAUUAGCCGGUUCCACAGCUUCGAUCAGAUCUUGUUCCACUUGAUUACGCGAGAGCCUUCUUCUACUGUUUCAAACUGCAUCCAACAGCAACUGUUACAAGGUUGUUUCGGUUUGUUCAACGUAACGGGCGAAAAUAUGUACACGCAACUGCAACAUUACCUGGAAGGUAUCCGAGCGUCGCCGAUUGAUAUCCAAGAAAAAAUUAGGACCGCCGUUCACAGUAUAUACGAAUUUCUCAUCCAAUCAGUGAAAAAGCAAAUAGUGAACAAUUCCAACAAUAAGCAAUUAUUACUGACUGUAGUCUUCUCUCUCAGCACCAACUAUAAAUCGAACGAUCUGGGCUUGGUUAUUAACAACGACCUCCUGCAUGUCUUAUCGGAGAUCGUAAAUAUGAACGCAACUAGCCCUUUGAGCAAAACCGAGAUACUUAAUGACGCCGCGUUGAGACUAAUACAUAUUAUUUCCGUAACGUCUUGCUUGAACGCCAAAAAAAUUGACCUGGCCACGCUUGAGAACGUCUUAAAUAUUCUACACAGUCUCUUCAUUAAAAUACUGGAAGACUUUGAUGAAAACUGCCAAAACUUUUCUAGUCCUCAAAGCAGUCACAUCUUGAUUAACAACGGAAGACAAUUGGGCGAUUUUCUUCUGUUCCUAAGAACUAUUUCAUCCAGUCAAAUUAUACAGAAAUUACUAGCAUCCAAAAAGUGGAUAUUCGCCCUCUUAGUGAUAUUAGACAGUUCCAAUACAUGCGCAACGUAUUCGACUCAGUUGAAAGUCCUGAGGCCUAAACUACUCAUCCUACAACUUCUACAAGCUAUUCUCCCCGGACUGCAAGCCGUGCACAUAGACGACGAUCUCCGAAAAUACAUUAUUAACAAACUAUUUAUUCAACUCGGCCAGGAAAUGUGGAACAUACCCAAUCCGUCCGAAAAACCCAUCUCCGACACGAAAUUUAAAAACGUACGCCCUACCGACACGUCAGUAAGAGAGGAUGAAGGCAACAUACCGAUCCACGACAUGGGCUUCGACGCGGAAAAAUGCUAUAAUUGUUCCAUCGAAGGAAGUUUAACUCUUGUGCACGGAACGGGAGGAAGGGGUUACGGGUUAGGCCUCCAGGUUAUCAAAUCUGGUUGUUACCAGUGGAAGAUUUUAAUCGUGAAGGAGAAUAGGGGUAACGAGGGUACCUGCAUCGGAGUGUCGAAGUAUCCCGUUAAAGAUUUCAGUCACAGAUCGACGAGUGAUAUGUGGUUGUACAGGGCAUACAGCGGUAGCUUGUACCAUAACGGGGAACGCGACAUGAGUUUUCAGAGCUACACUCAAGGUGAUUACAUCACGGUAAUAUUGGAUAUGGACGCUAAGACCCUCAGUUUUGGUAAAAACGGGGAAGAGCCGAGGGUUGCCUUCGAAAACAUUGAAGCGAGUGAACUGUACCCUUGCGUAAUGUUCUACAGUACUAACCCCGGCGAGAAAGUAAAAAUAACGGACAUGAAAGUGCACGGAACUCAAAAAGAUUUACUACCUGGUGAACCAGAGUUGGCUCCUUUACACGCUGUUCUGUCCGAGGCUUAUAUAUCGGUAAUUAGAAGACUGCAUCAUUCCGUAACAUGGACUGAAGAUGUAAAUACGGCUUUAUUCACAAGGUUAGAAAAAAUUGAAACGUUAUUCCCAAUCGUAGAGACACACAACAUGGACAACACUUCCGAAUUAAAACUGAAUAAAACGUACAAGUUAAAGUGUGAUAUAAGUGUUCCCGAAUUAUGUGUUAACGUUUGGCCUUGUCUGAUUGUAAUUGGAGGCCUGGACCGUGGUCUCCGAAUGGGCGGUUACUGUAAGCAUAAAAAUACUGGACAGAGAGCCGUAGCUUUGGGUAUUCUCAAAAAAGGGAUAACCACAGUAAACGUCCAGUGGGAAAACGACGGAAGUGUUUCAGACGUGGCAUUAUCUAAUUUGGAAUUCAUAGAACCGGUGCCUUUCGAUUGCACAAAGUUCAAUGCGGUAACACCAAAAAUAUUAUUACAAAUCGCCAGACUGAGCGGUAUUACCAAUGAAACGUCCUUUCCUACGUAUGACCUCACCGAUGACGAGCAACUGUUAUUAAAGCAACAUAUUCUCAAAAGCGAGAACGGCAAUUCGUUGGAUUCUAAAAAUAUCCGUUGCAGCUCCGAUUCUCAGAUACACGAUCAGUACAUAACCCACGAGAAACCUAAAACUGUGGAGUCUUUAACGAAUGAGAUGGUUUCGAGUAUUAUGGGUGAAGUGAAGAGGUUAAGUACCGAAAAAAUCGUGGCGUCUCAGAGUGAAUCCACUAUAAAAGAAACAAAUGAGUUGCACAACAAACAAGAAGUCAUUACCUCGGAAACGAAAAUGUUGAGGAAGAAACUCUUAGACUUAGAAGGGGAAUGCUUGCAGUUGGCGUUUUUGCAGUUCGCAGCUUUAAAAGUGUUGGGAAUCUUCCUCAUUUCAUCGCCUUUAACGGAAUCGUUAUUAAUCAAUAAUAAGGAAUCAAAGACUGAAGAUAUUGAUUGUAUCAGGGAAAUAAUGCACUCUAUAGUAGACAAAAGUAUAGACCAGUGCAAACUGAGGAAGAUUGUCAGCAUAUCAGAAAUGGAAAGGGCCCAAACCGUGUUGCACCUAAGCUACAUUAAAAGUAGGACGUCUGAAAGCACGGAAAAUUGUCUGUUUAAUAAUGGUUACUAUUUGGAGAGAAACGGUACUGAUUUCCUAACAGAAACUUUGACUGCUGAUACUAAUUACAGCUCCAGUACAGAUGUUCGCUCUAGACAUCACAACGUAAAACCAAAUAGUUCUAGUUCCCGCCCAACAUUCACCCUUCAAAGUCCUUCUGCCACUUACGGAUCACCUUUUACUGCAGCAUUAGAGGCCUCUUGUAUCCAGUUGCCCCAGAGUUGGAUGUCCUCCUUCUGUGAAUCAGAAGAUAGCAUUUGGAGCAAUCGAAACACUCACCCACCCCCCAUCGCAGUUCCUCUAUUAGAGAUGGGUUUCACAUUGAAACACAUCCUCAAAGCAAUCUCGGAAACUAAGAGUUCAGGCGAGUUCACCUCUCACACCGUUAAUAUGCUCGCCACGUGGAUGUUGGAGCACCCCUCUUUAGACAUUAGUGAUGACGAGGGAACUUCGGACAGAUAUAAUUUGUUCAGGAUUUUAGAUCGAUCGCAGAAUCUCGUUAGGCAGCAGAGCUUAGACAGCACCGAAAUUAAGUGUGGCCAUCGGCGUGGACUAAAUCUGAGAGGGAGGGUUUGUUCCGAUUUGAGAAAUAGGAUUGGCCAAGUAGACAGAGUGUUACAAGAUACAGUAAGAGAAAGGCAACAUGUAAGGGGGGAAGGGCAUCAUUUGUUGAGAAAUUUUUCCCGGGAAGGUUCUAGCAGUGAGAUUAAUAUACUCGAUUCGAAUGACAGUGAUCAAAGAGAGCAAAUUCCGUCUACUUACAUCAGUGUCGAAAAUAACGGCAGCAUCUGCCCUUAUUGUCAACAUUCGACCCCGUUCUUGGACUCGCAUAUGACCAUCUACCACCCUGGUUGUGGUACGAUGUGGGGACCAGGCGUAUGCGGUUAUUGCACGGACGGUUUCUACAUUCUGUGUUACAAGUGCAAGAACAAGUAUUUUCAGAAGGGUGUCGGUAACAGUUCUCUUCACGUUCGAGCACCUGAUAUAAUAUAUGACGAAGAUGAUAUGACGGAGGCAGAUGUGCAAUCUUUAAAGUUUAAUAUGCCCAAUUAUGAAGAUAUAGAUAAAAUUAAAUUUUACUUGGGCAUAACGGAUAAAGAAUUUAGAGUGAAUAGUAUAAAUUUGGAGAAAUUUGACCCGUUGGGAAUGGACGCCGUUCCAUCGGUGGUAAACGAUUGUGGAAAUAUUAAUACGACUGAAAAAAGGUUUGUCGGAAGCCAGGCAUUACUUUUGAAUACAUCUUUAGACAGGAUUUUAGCAUUGAAAAAUCUGACGUCAUCCCUCCAUAUUCUAUUAUCAAGGAUAAUCGUACUAAAGUUCUUGUGCAUACUCUCAUCAAAUACAAACUGUGCGGAUUUAAUAACGUGCUUAGAACUCAUAGGUCUUUCCGACAUAAGAAAAAUCGUAAGACUGAUGACCCUAACAGCGAUGAACCGUGUUGAAGUCGGUAACGUUCAGAUUUUGCAAAAUUUCUCAAACAUCCAUUACCCAAAAAUGAUUUCCGCCACAAAUACGACCCGAGCAACGAAAGCCUCUCUCAACUACUUGAGCAUGUGCAUAGCGGCUUUAGCACAGUGCGAGGUGGAAUCCUCAAACAUGAUAGUGAAUAUUUGUACGAAGGACCUUGUGAUGUCGGCAUGCGGCGUAGCUGUGCCGAAAUCGGGUUUCGUGGUGACGCAAGCCUUGGUCAAUAUUCUCUCCAUCCAUGGAGGAUGUUCUCUUAUAGAUUCAUCCAAAGAAAUACCUCUGGGUCAUCAGACGGAUAGAAACAAUAUAGGUCCCUUGACACUCGUUAAUGCGUUAUCAGCUUACAUUUUGUCUCAGAAAGUGGAUCAGAUUAAUAAAGAAUGGGCUGCACACCAGAUAUAUAAAUCUCUGGCAACUAAGAUUCAAAUCAUGGCAGGCGUGAACUUGGACCAAACUAAUUUUGCUGAUUUGUCCGGUACACUACCAAUGCAAAGUCUUACGUACGUAGACGGACACGAUAACAGAGUGUCUACCUUGGCUUGGCUCGACAGAUCUGGAUCACUCGCCUCUGCGGGAUAUGACGGCACAGUUAGACUGUGGACUGUUGAACCCUCGAAACAACCUAUUUUAGAAUCAACGUUAGUAUUUCACACCUCUGCGGAUUUCUUUGGAAAUGAUUUACAAGGCAGACUGAUCGGCCACAUGAAGUGGUCACCGACGGGCGAAUAUAUCGCGGCGGCUUUGGAUAAUUUCGUAAACAUCUGGCAUUUGAAGAAAUCCGAACAGUUUAGCAGUUAUAGUGAUCGGUUUAUAGACGAUCAAAAAGAAUUUAUAACGUCGAUGACGUGGCCAAGAAAUUACAAUGGAUGCAAACACAGUGAAGACUAUUUGCUAAUUGGAAAAAUCAAUGGUUCCGUUGUGAUGGUUACCCUUUAUGAAGAAACGAGACGCGUCGAACUAUUGCAGCAUUGUUGUUCACCUCGUGCUGUCAUGAAUAUGGACUGGCACCAUGAAGAUGGCCCUUUCGCAAUUGGUUAUCUCGACGGUACUAUUAAACUGGGUUGGGCGCACAGUGAAAGUAACGUAAUUACACUAAAGGCGCACGAAAGUGCCGUUUCGUCUUUAUCGUGGGAUCCCAGAGGUAUAUUUCUUGCUACCAUCUCGAUUGACCUGACCUGCAAAAUUUGGAACUUAGACGAUGAUAAAUUAGUUCACGUUCAUACCCUUGCGCAAACCUACGAACCUAUUAGUUUAACUUGGUCACCGCUUGUCGGUAGUAGCAACGAAGCGCUAUUGCUGGCCGUGGGAAGUAAUUUUGGAACCGUAAAUGUUUGGACGAUACCAAAGGAAAACGAAGAAAAUAUUGUCCCAAAACUUAUAAUGAAUUCUCAAGGUCACGCGUACAACAGUGUUACGAGUAUAACUAUAGAUAGUACGGGAUUAUUUCUUGCAAGUGGUUGUUUAAAAGGACCCAGUGGUGUGGUUAACAUAUGGUCCCUUCACGACGGUAGUUUGGUACAAACUGUUGCUGGAAGCGGGGGUAUAAACGCUUCUGGUAUGUGUUGGUUAAGUACUUCUAAUGCUUUAGCAAUCGGAUUUUCACGAUCGAAAUCUAUAUGCGUUUUGAAUUGUUCCGUACAAGACCUUUCUAAAAACCUACCUUUAGCCGCCGUAAGGUGCUCCUUGAUCAGAAAAGGUAUUAGGGACUUAAAAUCGGUACCGUUCUUUAAAUUGUUUGUGACUCUCUUACCGAAUAUCCUUCUGGAGCAAUAUAAUACGGAAAAAAUGGCGGUUCAAACAGGUACCCACUUGAUGCACUCGAUGUACCUUAAAAGUUUGGCAUCUCUAGCAAUUCUGCUGGAACUCGAUAAAAUAGUUUGUUACAAAUUAUGCCCCUUCAACAAUAAGGGUCAAUCGGAGCUUGUCCCGGAAUACCUUUGGCUUCAUACUUUCAGUCUGGCCAACCAAAUGGCCGACAGUUUAAUAAAAAGAACCAAGUCGCUGGAAAUUGUUAGUUUAAACCACAUACAAGGCGUUGUGAAGUGUCCCGAUAACGUUUUUUGGACAAUGAAACAAGACCAGCAAAUUAUGCAGUGGGUCUCCCAACGACCUCAAGAUUGGCAGAUUGGGGGCAAGUGCAGGGCAUUUUUAUGGGGUUCCGAUAGACACGGACAAUUGGCAGAAUUAGGAUACAGCUCGUCGGUACCGACGCACGUAGAAUCGUUUUCAGCGUCUAGAAAGAUUGUAUGCGGACAAAAUUGUACUUUUGUGAUCGAAGCGAACGGAACCGUGCUGGCCUGCGGAGAAGGAAGUUACGGAAGGCUCGGGCAGGGCAAUUCUGAUGAUUUACACACGUUAAGUGUUAUAUCGAGUCUGCAAGGGUUCGUCAUUAUAGAUUUGGCUACCUCGGUGGGCUCCGACGGACACAGCUUGGCACUCGCGGAAAGCGGAGAAGUAUUUUCAUGGGGAGAUGGAGAUUAUGGAAAAUUGGGUCACGGUAACAGUGACAGGCAGAGACGCCCUAGACAGAUCGAAGCGCUGCAGAACGAGGAAGUGAUACAGGUCGCUUGCGGUUUUAAACACAGUGCAGUCGUUACCAGCGAUGGCAAAUUGUUCACAUUUGGAAAUGGCGAUUACGGCAGACUCGGAUUGGGGUCAACUUCAAACAAGAAAGUUCCUGAAAGAGUAACCUCGCUUGAUGGCUUUAAAAUCGGACAAGUGGCUUGCGGUUUAAACCAUACGGCUUGUAUGUCAGUGGACGGGAUGAACGUAUGGACCUUCGGAGAAGGCGAUUAUGGGAAAUUGGGACUGGGACAUACUGCGACCAAGUCUAUACCGCAGUUAGUUGAAACUAUGUGCAACAUUGGCAUAAAAAAGGUAGGUUGUGGCACUAACCUUACGGUAUUCCUUACGAAAAGCGGAAAAAUAUUCGUUUGCGGCGUCGACCGAGUUCCUUGGCAGAGUCAUUUGCGAGAACGCACCGAUUACCGCCCUCAGCAGUUGAUGGGGUUAGUCGACUAUUUCAUCGAAGAUUUUGCCGUGGGAACAGAACACGUGCUAUUUCUCACUUCUUGCGGUAAAGUUUUCGGAUGGGGUAUGAACACCGAAAGUCAAUUGGGCCUACCGCACGUUUCUUUGGUACGAGAACCAGAAAUUAUUAUGGAGUUGUCCGACAAAGGCGUCAAACAGAUCUCUACGGGUAGGACGCACAGUGCUGCUUGGACUGCGUCGCCUUUGCCUUUGAGGAUACCGGGUGUGACGUGUUCUUUAAGUUUUGGACUUCCGCAAGAAAUUCCUCCGCAAUUCGAUCACUUACAGGGUCUUUCCGUCCCAUCUAUCCAAUCGAGACUUAAGUUACUGUACAACUUUUCAGAUAAAUUGUAUUCGUGUUGGACUCUUAUGCCUCUGAGCGACGAACAAAUCGACAUGAAGAUUCCCCCAUUGGAAGGACUUAUAUCGCCAAAAUUACGAUAUCUUUUAGCUCCGAGGGUUUACACUUUACCUUUCGUCAGGUGCAUUGGGAAGACGAUGAUUCAAGGGAAAAAUUACGGACCGCAAAUUAUCGUGAAGAGAAUAUCUCAAGAAGGUCAAAAAUGUAAACCUAUAUUUGUGCAAAUAGCGAGGCAAGUAGUUGACUUAAAACCUCAAGAGUUACGAUUACCUUCUAGGGCUUGGAAAGUGAAAUUGUUAGGGGAGGGGGCGGAUGACGCCGGAGGCGUUUUCGACGAUACCAUCACGGAAAUGUGCCAAGAAAUAACUACCGGUGUGGUGCCAUUACUUAUACCCACGCCCAAUGCCAUCAACGAUGAGGGAUACAACAGAGAUAAAUAUCUCUUAAAUCCUCAGUUACUGUCCACACAGAAUUUGAACUGGUUUAAGUUUUUAGGCAUAUUAUUUGGAGUGGCUAUUAGAACCAGAAAACCUUUGGCUCUCUCCAUAGCCCCAUUAAUAUGGAAGCUGAUUGUUGGAGAGCCGGUAAGCAUAGAAGACUUGGAAGACACGGAUUGCAUGUACAUCCAAAGUUUGAGGAGCAUAAGAGAUAUACACCUUUGCGGCGUUACUGAAGAAUAUUUUCACGACGUUAUUCCCUUAGAAACUUUCGAGGGAACGAGUUGCACGGGAAAAGUGGUGCCGAUAAUACACGGAGGACAUAAAAUACUCCUAACAUACGAAAAUCGGAUGCAGUACUACGAACAGGCCAUCAAAUUUCGGAUGCAGGAAUUCGAUAUCCAAGUAGCAGCCAUUCGCGAGGGAAUGUCGGGAAUAAUCCCUGUUCCUCUGCUGUCUCUGGUCACGGCGGAGCAUUUAGAGAAGUUAGUAUGCGGUAUGGCACAUAUUUCUAUAUCUGUACUGAAAAAAAUCGUCAGAUAUCGCGAAUUAGACGAAGACCAUCAACUUGUGCAGUGGUUAUGGGAUAUACUAGAAAAUUUUACCGAUAAUGAACGUGUUCUUUUUAUGAGGUUCGUGUCUGGAAGAUCGAGGUUGCCAGCUAAUUUAGCCGAUUUAUCUCAGCGAUUCCAAAUAAUGAAAGUGGACAAGCCGGUGAACGGAUUGCCUACAGCACAAACUUGCUUCUUCCAACUUAGAUUACCUUCCUACACUACUCAAGAAAUAAUGGCUGAGAAACUUCGAUAUUCCAUCAACAACUGCAGGUCCAUCGAUAUGGACAAUUAUAUGUUGGCUAGAAACACCGAUCACGGGGUCGGAUCAGACGAUGAAUGGAAUUAGAAGAUAUUUAAAAAGGCUGAUUUUAAUAAAUGUAAGCAAACGGGUGUUCAGAUAUUUAACUGUUUGAUGUUUUUUUCUUUUUUUUUCUAUUAAAUAUGUACAAUAUUUGAUUACUUGAAGCCAUAUAAAUAAAUAUCAAAUG